ACUCAGCAGGGUCAGGACAGGCCCGGGAGCCCGGCGAGACACACUCGUGCGAUGGCGCACGUCGCAGGCCUGCAGCUGCCUGGCUGCCUGGCCCUGGCCCUGGCCCUGCUCGGCCUCGCGCUCAGCCAGGAUGUGUUCCUGGCCCCACAGCGGGCACUGUCGCUGCUGCAGCGGGUGCGCCGGGCCAACAGCGGCUUCCUGGAGGAGCUGCGCAAGGGCAACCUGGAGCGUGAGUGUGUGGAGGAGCAGUGCAGCUACGAGGAGGCCUUUGAGGCCCUGGAGUCAUCCAGUGCCACGGACGCGUUCUGGGCCAAGUACACGGCAUGCACGUCCGUGCGGAAGCCCCGGGAGACCUUCAUGGAAUGUCUGGAAGGUCACUGCGCCAGGGACCUGGGCAUGAACUACCGUGGGGACGUGAACGUCACCCGGUCGGGCAUCGAGUGCCAGCUGUGGAGCAGCCGCUACCCACACAGGCCCGAAGUGAACCACACCAGCCACCCCAACGCCGGCCUGCUCGAGAACUUCUGCCGCAACCCCGAUGGCAGCAGCGCGGGCCCCUGGUGCUACACCACCGACCCCACCGUGCGCAGGGAGGAGUGCAGCGUGCCUGUGUGUGGCGAGGCGCGCCUCACUGUGGAGAUGAUACCCCGUGCCAGGGGCACCGGGCUGGAUGUGUCACCUUCACCAGAGGACUGUGUCCCUGAGCGAGGCCGGCACUACCGAGGGCGCCUGGCGGUAACGUCACAGGGGUCUCCUUGCCUGCCCUGGGCCGGUGAGCAGGCCAAGUCCCUGAGCCAGGACAAGGACUUCAGCCCGGAGGUGAAACUAGAGGAGAACUUCUGCCGGAACCCCAAUAAGGACGAGGAAGGUGCCUGGUGCUUUGUGGCUGGUGAGAACCGAGACUUCCAGUACUGCGACCUCAACUACUGUGAGGAGGUGUUGGAGGAGGAGGCGGCGGACGGGCUGGCCGAGGAGGCCAUCGGUGGCCGUACCACGACAGAAGACUUCCAGCCCUUCUUCGACGAGAAGACCUUCGGCUUGGGGGAGACCGACUGCGGGCUGCGGCCACUAUUUGAGAAGAAGGGGGUGAAGGACACGACGGAAGAGCAGCUGCUGGACUCCUACAUCGACGGCCGCAUCGUGGAGGGCUGGGACGCGGAGACCGGCAUCGCGCCCUGGCAGGUGAUGCUCUUCCGCAAGACGCCCCAGGAGCUGCUGUGUGGGGCCAGCCUCAUCAGCGACCGCUGGGUGCUCACGGCUGCUCACUGCAUUAUGUAUCCGCCCUGGGACAAGAACUUCACCCACAAUGACCUCCUGGUGCGCAUUGGCAAGCACGCCCGCAGCAGGUAUGAGCGGAAUAUGGAGAAGAUCUCCAUGCUGGAGAAGAUCUACAUCCACCCCCGCUACAACUGGCGUGAGAACCUGGACCGCGACAUCGCGCUGCUCAAGCUCAAGCGACCGCUGUCCUUCAGCAACUACAUCCACCCCGUGUGUCUGCCUGACAAGCAGACGGUGCUCAGCCUGCUCCAGGCGGGCCAUAAGGGCCGGGUGACGGGCUGGGGCAACCUGCGCGAGGUGUGGAAGAGCAGCCCGAACGAGGUGCAGCCCAGCGUGCUGCAGGUGGUGAACCUGCCCAUCGUGGACCGGCGCACCUGCAGGGCGUCCACGCGGAUCCGCAUCACUGACAACAUGUUCUGUGCCGGUUUCAAGCCUGAGGAAGGAAAGCGCGGGGAUGCUUGCGAAGGCGACAGCGGGGGACCCUUCGUCAUGAAGAGCCCCUUCAACCACCGCUGGUAUCAAAUGGGCAUCGUGUCGUGGGGCGAGGGCUGCGACCGGGACGGGAAGUACGGCUUCUACACACACGUGUUCCGCCUGAAGAAGUGGAUCCAGAAGGUCAUCGAGCAGUCUGGGUAGCCUGCCAGCCCCUCCUGCAGUCGCAGACAGUCGCCAGUGCGCCGAGUAUUUCUGUGGUUUCUGAAACGACAGCUCCAAUAAAAGCGCGUCGGGA